ACACGGUCGUGGGCUCGACCAGUAAUGGACAUGGACCUCUUCGACACGGUCGAUUACGUCGCAUCCGGAAGCCUCCUCGGGCUCGCGUUCCUCGUGCUGCUCGCGCUCGGAUUCAAGCACCGCCGCGGCGUGCUCUCGGCGCCACCGAUCUAUGUGACCGCCUCCAUGUUUCUCUCGCUCAUGCUCUGGAGCUUCUUCAGCAUCGUCUUCAUGUACUUUGAAGAAAAGUCGUUCGACAACGACGCUGCUUCCAAUGCUUCUCCCAACGGCACCGUGCGACGCUACCGCCGGAGCUGCCAGCACACCAAGAACAUUCCGCUCCAAGUGCUCGCCGAUACGUUCCUCCUCUCGCUCGAGCUCUGGGUUCUCGUCGCGUCGUUCGAGCUCUACACGAGCAUUGCGUACCACCACCUCUUGGCGCGCCAAUCGCUUCACCACAUGCGCAGGAUCGUCGUCGGCUACUCCAAGCUCGUGUACGGCCUCACGGCGGUCUACGUCUUUGUGGUUUUCUUUACGAGCCUCUCGCCCACCGCGACCCACAGCGUCUUUUGCUGGAUCGUGAGUGCGACCGUGGUCUUCGAUGCGCUCGCCGCCAUCCUCGCCGGCGGUUCGCUCAUCUGCGUCUAUGUCUUCCUCCGCCGCUCCAUCAACCGGUGGCCGCUGGCCCGGCAGCGAGCCAUGCGCCGCGUGCAGUGGUUCAUUCUGCUUCUGAUUGUGCUCUUUGUUUUCUUUUGCGUCCCGUUCCUCACCAAGCGUCUCGACUGGACGUUCCGGCAAGCGACCAACAACUUGAAGCGCAACCGUACGCGGUCACCGGGUGGGUCCAGGGCCAAGUCGGGCCAUUGGCGCUACAUUUUUCACCUCAUCAACUUUCUCCUCCCGUGCGGUCUCGGCGCGCUCCUCGCGCUCGACUGGUUCAAAGCUGCGUACCCAAAGCCGGACGAAGCCGCCGGCGUCGACGAGAUGCAACCCCCGACGCCCGUUCAUUUGCUCUCGCCGGGCCCGUUGGACGACGAUGCAUUUGACACAACGACGAGUGACGGCGGCCGUCGACUGUCGCGCGACGGGCGAGUGCUCUACUUGUCAUAGAAUAGGAACCAAGUCAGGAUUUGAUUAUAACUACCAACAGUGCUAUUACUACCAGCACUAUCUAAGAACUACGUGU